UUUAAAAGAAAUUUGAGCUGUGAUUUGCAGAGUAUGGCAACAAUGCUAAAGUAAACAUUUUAUCUGGUUUUGAAUUUUCUGUUAGAUUGUUUUAAGCAACUUAGCAAUGGGUGAUUUGUCUUCCAUACCUACUGUAUUGGUGACAGGUUUUGGACCAUUCAGAAGUCAUACUGAAAAUUCAAGCUGGCUUACUGUGAAAGAACUCCUAAAGUUGAAUAUUACUGAUUAUCACAUAGUAGCCAAAGAAUUACCUGUGGAAUAUGGUAUGGUGUCUGAAGUUGUACCUCUUUUGUGGAAAGAGUAUAAUCCAAAGCUUGUGGUUCAUUGUGGUAUGUCAGAUCAAGCGAACUGCCUUACAAUUGAAAAAUUAGCUCACAGAAAUGAUUAUUAUGGUUGUGAUAUAACAGGUCAAGUUCCCUCUGGAUAUACAUGUUGUUGUGAUGGUCCUGAUGUUUUGUAUACUAGUAUAGAUGUCGAGAAAGUUUUGGAGGAUGUGUAUGGCUCUGGGGCUUGUGUUAAAGCUCAAGCAUCUAAGGAUGCUGGAUUGUAUUUGUGUGAAUUUAUAUUUUAUACUUCUCUGAAGAUAAAUCAGAAUACUGCUUUUGUACAUAUUCCUCCAAUAGGUCAACCAUAUAGUGCAAGAGAAAUGGCUGAAACAUUAGCUAUUAUUAUUCAUUCUAUGUUGAAACAAGUUCAGUCAUCAUCCUGAAAUAUUAUCUUUAAAGUCUGUGCAUCUUCUCUUAAGACAGGUUUAUGAACAAUAAGCUUUUUAACAUUUUAAUACUUAAAAUAUUUUUACAAAUUAAAAUUUACCAAUCAUUUUAAAGAUUGACAUAAAUUUUAGACUUAUAAGGUGAUUUGAUUUCUUUCAUAUUUUUAGAGAAUGUUUUGAGUAUGUUUCAAGAAAAAUGAAUGAAGAAAUGUGUUUUAAUAGUUUGCAUAUUAAAUUUAAAAUUUAGGAAUGAAGUUUUAACAAAUUAUUUGAAUCUAUACUUAAAUACUACCAGUUAGUUCUCUCUUGGUACUCAAUUGAUUCUAAUAUAUUUUAGGUGUAUGAUUUAAUGACACUGAAUUCAAAUAUGUAAUUUGUUUAUUAUUUGAUGAAAUGUUUUCCUUUCCUUCUGCUAUUUUUUUGGGUCAUUCAGUUUUCAUGAAACUGAUUUAAUUUUUAUUUUUUCUUAUUUGAAUGAUUGCAGUCCUUUUAUAAUUAAUGAAAGAAAUCAGUACUAUCCCAUAUGACUAUUUUUCAGAUGUUUCAAUGUUCUUGUAUAUUACCACUUGUUGAUCAUUUUUGUUAAUGAAGGAUCAUACGUGUUUUGGAAAGUAGGGUUAAAGAAAAGAGCUUCUUUGUCUGGUUGUUUUAAGUUUUCUUACUUUUUAUAAAUGUUUCUGUACUCUUAAAUACUUAGAUUUGCUUGGAAAUCUUGCCAGGAAUACAAUUAUUUAAUUGUAACAUAUAUUUUCUUUUCCUUAUAUUUUUUUCAUCUUUUAUAUCAUUCCAUCCUAAGUAUAAGAUCAUGAAAUGUAUUUAUAUUGUAUGUUACAUAAACUUAAUAAUAAAUAAAGCAAUUAUCAUAUCUGCAAUUGCAUAUACUAAGUAAAAACACAUUUUCCAUCACAUGUAGAAUACUACAUAGGCAAUUGCAAACAGCAUUAUUGUGUCUAAAUCUGAACAUAAAUAUUAUUUUUACUCCAAAUUUGCAGUGCAAAUUAUGAAUCAAAUUAUAUUAUUUUUAAAAACUUGCUUUUUCUGUUAGCUACAUUUUUCAGAGCUACCAACCCUCCUCAUAAAAUUAGGAUAUUCCUAAUUUUUUAUAACAUCUUCCAGUCUCCUGCGAAAUCUUCCAAGUAAUCUCUUUUUAAUUUAUAUGAAUUUAAAUCAUCUUUUUUCAUAUGCAUUUCCAGAAGAAUUGUUGGUACAUUGAUAGUUGAUUGAACAAUUUUGCAAAAGAGAUUCAUAUUGAUAAAAUAUAAUGAAAAAUUCCUAAAAAAAUGCAGUCAUUUUUAAAUGAAACUAUGCUAAUUAAGUUUUUUCCAAGUGAUUUUCAGUACGAUUUUUCUGCUUAAUUUUAAUUUGAUCUGAAUUGUUUUAAACAAUUAUAGAGCUUUCUAGAGCAUUUAGGAAGACUUACUUGAUGUUUAAAAGAUAAAUAUUUUUAUUUAAUUUUGCUACUAACCAAAACUAGCAUUUUAUUUAAUUUUUAUUUAAAAAUUUGUAAAUGGUGUAUAAUUAAGUAAUU